AUGAACAAAAUUAGUAAACACGAUUUACUUUUGAAAUAUAAAGAUAAGGAUGAUUUUAUUUUUAAUCAACUGUUGAAUAUUGUAGAAUACCCAUUUAAUGAAAUAUUUGAAUAUGCAGAUGGAAAUAUUUAUAUUGGAGAAACUGAAAAUAAAAAAAGACAUGGUUAUGGAUUUUAUAUAUAUGAAGAUAUUAAGGCAAUAUAUCAGGGACAAUGGACGAAGAAUUUAAAAAAUGGAUAUGGAAUUUUAUAUAACAAAAAUGACGUGAUUUAUUCAGGCGAAUGGUUGAAUAAUAUUUCACAUGGGUUUGGAUGUAGUUAUAAAAAGAAAAAAAUAUAUUUUGGUUGUUAUAAGUAUGGUUUAAUGAAUGGUGUAGGAAUAGUAAAGAAAAAUAAAAGUUUAAAUUUAUGCUUAUUCAAGUCAAAUGAAAAAAAAAUAGGAAUUAAAAUUUCCAAAAAUAUGGAAAUAAAUAUAUGUUUGUAUAAAGAUAAUGAAAUAUAUUUUAAGAAUAAAUUAGGCAAAUAUUUUCCUUAUUAUAAAGACAACAAUAUACCUCAAAACAUUCAAACUGAAGUUUUUUAUAAAAUAUUAAGCAUAGAUAAAUCAGCCGUUGAUACUGAAAUAACAUAUAAUGAAAAUUUCAAAAAAAAUAAAACUACAUCAUUAAUAAGCGAGGAAGACAUAACUAACUUAACUAGGAAUACAAAUGAGAAUUUUAAUUUAGAACAUUUUUUAGGAAUAAAAUCAAAAAAAUUCAAAUAUCUAAAAAAAGAUGAUUGUAAUGUAAAUAAAUCAAAUAGCUUUUGCACACCUUAUUAUAAUUAUUGCUAUUCUCUACAGAAUCAAAAAAGCUUAAAUAAAAAAAUUAGUAAUUAUUCUAAUCCAGUUUACGAUAACCCUUUGAUAAAUAGUAAUUAUAUAAAUUCUCCUAAGUUUCCAAACAAAUUUUAUAGGAAUUCUGUACCUACAACUAAUUAUAUAAAUAAAAGCGAAAAUGAUAUGCUGCCAUUCGAAUUUGGUAAAUUUGAUGAUAAGAUUGACAAAUUCAAUAUAUCUGGUGAAGUAGGAAUGAUAUAUGAAAAAAAUAAGAAAGUAAAAAAAAAAAAAAAAAAAAAUUCCUAUUUAAAACGUGUAAAAACCAAAAUAUUAAAUAACGAGAAUUAUUUAUUUCAUGAAUUGGACUCAAAUAGUUCAAAUUAUUUUUCUGAAAAUAUGGCAAGAAAUCCUGAUAACUGUUCAGAUAGCGAAAAGUUAAAAAAAAAAAAUAAAAUAAUUGCAAAACUGAUAAUAAAAAAAAAAGAGGGUAUGGCUUGUCUUUUGGCUAGCUCAAAUUUGAAUAAUGGCAAAAUGAGCAUACCAAAAAAAAAAAAUAAUAAUAAUAAAAUAAAAUACACAUUAUUUGUUAAUAAAUAUAUUAUGAAAUAUUUUUGUAGAGAAAAUGGACACCUAUUAAAUGAUAAAAUAAAUGAAUUAAAUUAUUAUAACGAUUUUAAAACGGGUAGUGUGCAAAGUAUCGAUAAGUUAGAGGGGGAAUAUUUUAUAUAUCGUGGUAGUAAAACAAAUGAAUGCAUAGAUAAACAAAUCAUGAUAAAAUUGGAAAAAUCCAAAAUAAAAAAAGAAAAAGAACUAUUAAAGUACAUUUAUUUAUUAAAAUAUUUAGAAGAAAUAAAUGAAAAAAACAAAAUCGAAUGCAUUUAUCAAUGGAAAAUAGAACAUGUUUCCAUUUUAUUAUACCUUUUCAAAUUAGAUGAAUAUAUUCCAUCAUUUAUUUCCAACAAUAUUGAAGGAUUCCAUUUUUUUAUGAUGAGUAGAAAAAUAUUAAAUGAAUUAGGAGUUUAUAAAAAUGAGCAUAUAUAUUUUUUUAUGAAUUUUAUUAACACAUUUAAUAAUAUACAUAAUAUAUACUUACAAAUUUUUCUAAGAUGGGAACAGAUAAAUAAAAGUUUAUUUUCCUUGAAAUAUAAUUUAAUAAGAAACAAAGAUUUAACUAUUUUAAAAAAAUUAAAAAAAUCUAAGAACUUAUAUUUGGGUUAUUAUGGAAAUUGUUUUGUAUGCUUACAUAUUAUCAAAAGUAUAAAUUAUAUGUCUAAUUUGAAAAUAAGAAAGAAAGAAAAAAAAAAUUUUAAAAUAAACGAAAUAUUAAGUAGCGAAAAAACGUUAAAAAUAAAAACGAAUGAAAUAAUAAAAAAUAUAAAUGAGAAAAAGGAUAAUGAUAUUAAUCAAUCUUAUAUUGAGGGACAUGAUAAAAUUGCAUUUAUUCAAGAAAAUAUUGAAAGUAUAGAUAAAGGUCGAAAUAAUUUAAAUUUUCAGAAAAAAAAUACUCGAGGUUCUAUUAUAGGAAUCAAUUUAUUUAGCAAUGCACAAAAUUUUUUAUUUGAGGAUGGAUCAAAAGAAAAUAUUUUUCGAACAUUUGAAAAUAUAAAAAACAAUUUAUUAAAUUAUAAUAAUAUUAAUAUAAAAAAUUUAAAUAUAUCUCAAAAUAAUACAAAAAAUAAUUUUGAUCAAGGCUAUGGAAAAUUUGAAUCAUUCUAUGAUGGUAAAGAAGAAAUAGUAAAAAAAAAAAUAGAAAUUGAAGAAAAAAAAAAUGUUGAAUUAAAUAACGAUAAAAGUAACGUAAAUAUAACAAACAAUGAUUUUUCAAAGAAUGUUGGAAAUAAUAAUAACAAUUUUGAAUGUUUUAAAAUGAUUUGUGAUUAUAAAAAUGUGCAUAAAUAUAUGAAACAAAUAAGUAGAAGAAUAUGUUUUAUAAAAGAACAUUUUAUUAUGUCUAAUCUAAGGCAUCCAAAUAUUGUGGAAUACAUUGGUAAUAUAAUUACUUGGAAAAAAAAUAAGAAGAAUAAAGAAAUACGAGAAAAUUUUGGUUUGGUUUUUGAAUAUAUAAAGGGAAAACGUUUAUAUGAUAUUUUGUAUAAUAAAAAGAAAAAAGGAAAUAAUAAAGAAAAUGAAAAAAAAUAUACACAUAAAAAUGAUAGUAAAGAUAAUCUAUAUAAUGGAUAUAAACAAUGGAAAUUAAAUAAUAAGUUUAUUUUAAAAGUGUUAUACAAAAUUUGUGUUACUCUACAUUAUUUACAUGAAAAAAAUAUAUAUCAUGGAAAUAUAAACAGCAAAAAUUUGUUUAUAACAAAAAAUGGAAAUGUAAAAAUAUGCAAUUUUAAAAAUGCACACAUCCAAAAUUAUUAUGAUUAUAAAACUGAUAUUCAAAAUCGAUCCGAAUGUUCAGAAAAAAAAAAUAACAUUUAUUACAAUUUGAAAGCAAAUAAUUUUAUACCAUUUCCAUAUAUUACAUAUAUUAAUUAUACAAAACAAGACACAAAAUAUAUUGAUGAAAUAACAUCAACGCCUUUUUUUUUAUAUACAAACAUAUUUAAUUUGAAGCUUAUGAAUGAUCAUAGAAAUGUAUAUACAGCGCCAGAAGUAUUAAGAGGUGAAGAAUAUACAAAUAAAAGUGAUAUAUAUUCAUUUGGUAUAAUAAUGUAUGAACUUAUAUUUGAAACAUUGCCAUUUAAGAAUAAAUAUAAUAAUAAUUUUAACUUUUUUCUUUCUAUUUUAAUAUCUACAUGUUAUUUUCAAAAUUAUAUUUACUUUGAUAUAAAUCAAUUAAUUAAUAAAAUUAAUAAUAAUAAUAUAAUGUUUCAUAUUUUUAUAAAUAUUACGAUUCUUAUAAAAUCCUGUCUAAAUCCAGAUCCAUCAAAUAGACCUACCUCAAAAUAUUUAUAUUACUAUUUUAAGAAUAUACUUGAUAUUUUAAAAAUUAUGAAAAAAGGUAGCCAAGAAAUUCUCUAA